UCAAUGAGGUAUAGUUAGGAAUCUCCAAAAACCUUUCGCGAUGAAAUUACAUCCAUUUUUUACGAUGUCACUAUUUGUGGCUGUCCUUACGAUUCGGGUAGAUUCCGCAAAAAUACGUAGCAAAGUUCGCCGUUCGGCCCUAUCUCUGCCCACCGGUAGUUCUCUCACGGUCACGAUGGAUUUGAUUAUUCCAGUCGUUCCGUUAAUCAACACAACCCUGACUUACCUAUGGUUCGACCUGCCACUUACGUUCGAUCUACCGACCGCCAGCACGUUGAAUGAGCUUUACGUUAGUUUGGGCUUUUUACCCGAAGCACCAAAGGACGACAACGAUACCGACACUUCGAACGAGCUGAGCCACGAAUUCGUGGACGAUCAGAGAGCUAACCACGAUCGAAGACAGAUUUAUCAAUAUGCAGAAAGUUUCUUUCAAAACUUUGGACUCAACGGCCAAGUCUGCGUGAAGCGAGCCAUUUGCGAGCUGGCUGAAGCGCCAUUAGGCAGCCACGGCCUGUUUGGCAAAAUUUUUGAGCUUUUGUUUCUGCCGUCGACUACGAGGGAAGUCCAGCCGCAAUUCAAUAUAAGUCCAAUCAACGUCACCUCACUGCCAGUUGAAUUUCAUUAUUUGGGGCAAUCGAUUGAAGACGACUACACCGACGCCUACCUGAAAGGAAGAAAAACAAGUGGAUGUUCAAUUCAUUUCUCUGCUUGUCCCAUAUCCAUUUUUAAACUACUAGACUACUGAUAACUCCUGUCUAUAGUUUGAAUCCUUACCUAAAGUUCCUAUUUCGAUGCCUCUAUAUUUGUUGGUUAUUAUUUGAGUUGAAGAUGAAUCGAUUAAUAAACAUCCCGUUU